AUGGAUAAAAAUAAUUUGGUGCAGUUAAUUCAUUAUGGCCGUUCAGAAUUAAAAACUUCAGAUCACCGUCCAGUUUAUGCAAUAUUUCAAUUAAAUUCAUUAAAAUUUGAUUUCGACAAGGCUGAGCCGAUAAUUCGGGAUAUUAUUUGUUCUAUUGGCCCUCCACAUUCUUGUGUUCAAUGCUUUAUUUCUAACAAUUCUCUUAAUGUGUUCCCAAAACAACUGUGCAAUGAAAUUUUUAUGAAGCUUUGUGAACUUGGCAGUGUUCCUAAACUUUCCAAAUUAGAAGGCCAAUAUUUAUUUAUCAUUUUCAAAACUGGAUUAGAUGCUUUAGCAGCAUUAAGUAUGGAUGGAAUAAUUUUAUCAACAGGGCAGGAAUUGAAAGUUGAGCUUAAAAAUGAAGGAAAAGGGGAAGGAGGGGGAAGGGGAAUUGAAUGGUCUGAAAAAAUUAUUAAAAAUGUAAUUAAAGCUUUGGAAAAAUCAAAAAAGGAAGAAAAAGAAUAUUUAAUUAGUAAAAAAAUAAAUAAUAAUAAUAAAUUGUUGGAUGGAGAAGAAAUUUUAAUUGAUGAUGAGGAUGUAGAUGAUUUGGCUGAUGGGGAUGAUGGAAUUGUUAGCAAUCAACAACAACGUUCUAGAGGAGUAACACCAAUAUUUGAUCAAUCUGUUGAAAACGAUUUCUCUUUAAUUAACAUUUCGGAUGUGCCGAAAUGA